AGAAAAUAAGAAAUAUUAGAAAUGCUGUAUUUCUUAAUGACAGAAAAUUAAGAGAGAGAGCAUCUAUGCAAGUUAGUCACAAGUUAAUUCAGAUUUUGGCUGAAAUUGGGGGAUACUCAUAAUUGUUUAAGGAACAAGCAUCACUGAGAGUGCAGUCUUACAUUUAUGUGUUACAAAGUAUUUUUUGGUUCUGAUCCUGUGCCCUUCCUUCAUGCAGUCAGACACUGGGAAUGAUGACUAUUAGUGAACUCAAUUUUGCCUGGCAAUGUGCUGAAUGUUGUAGUUAUAGGAAGCUACUGCUCACACUGGUUUAAAUAUGGGUGGUGUCCUGUAUGACUCAUAUGAUGCUAAAAUUUAAAUUAUGUGGCAGAAGCGCAUGUGCUUAAUAAAUUAAGAUCACUCAUUUUUGGCUGUAAUCUCUAUAUAUGCACAUAUAUUUGUAUAUAUAUUGUGUAUAACAUCAAAUAAUGAAACACAAAUAGAAUGUGCACAUAAAUGCAUGCAUCACACUGCUGCAGAGAUCUGGAAUUAAUUGUGAGGGGGUGCAUGUUACAAUAUUCCUUUCCAAGGCACUCAGAAAAGCACCUGUGCUUUUUGUCCCCAGGCAGUAAACAGGCAUUUUGCCUCCUUGUGAAAUGCUGAGCAGCCUGAGGAGUUGGCUACUCCCCUUCUGGCUGAGUGACGGUCCCUCUGAUAUAAAAAGGCCCCUUGGGAUGGGCUGUGCUGGGUGUAGCUGAUAGUGCAGCAGAAAGAGGGCUCGUUCUGGGGACUGCAACUGGAGAACCUGUGAGAGGUUGUGGCCACCAGCAGGUCCGAGCUCCACAAAAUGCGUGAAAUUGUGCAUCUUCAGAUUGGGCAAUGUGGGAACCAAAUUGGAGCCAAGUUCUGGGAGGUGCUUGGUGAUGAACAUGGGAUUGACAUCGCUGGAAACUACCGUGGGGAUUCACCCCUGCAGCUCGAGCGGAUUAAUGUGUACUUCAACGAGGCUUUCUGUGAGUGGGUUGGACUUUUCAGAGCAGAUCACAAGGCUGUCUCUUUGACCUCUAACAGCAAUCAUUUGCAUUCACUUUGUUUUGUUCCAGCCCAUAAAUUCGUGCCCCGUUCCAUCCUGGUGGACCUGGAGCCUGGUACGAUGGACAGUGUACGGUCCAGCAAAAUAGGCCCCCUCUUCCGACCCGACAACUUUAUUCAUGGUAAUUCAGGUGCUGGAAACAACUGGGCCAAAGGCCAUUACACAGAAGGUGCUGAACUGAUUGAGAACGUCAUGGAUGUGGUCAGGAACGAGUGUGAGAGCUGUGACUGCCUUCAGGGGUUCCAGCUGAUCCAUUCUCUUGGUGGUGGUACAGGUUCAGGUAUGGGCACACUUCUCAUCAACAAAAUCAGGGAGGAAUACCCCGACAGGAUUAUGAACACCUUCAGUGUUGUGCCUUCACCCAAAGUAUCCGACACGGUCGUGGAGCCGUACAACGCCAUCCUCUCCAUCCACCAGCUCAUAGAGAACACAGAUGAAACCUUUUGCAUUGACAAUGAAGCUCUAUAUGACAUAUGCUUCAGAACUUUAAAGCUCACCAAUCCCACCUACGGUGACCUCAACCACUUGGUGUCCCUAACGAUGAGCGGCGUCACCACCUCGCUCCGCUUCCCCGGCCAGCUGAACGCGGACCUGCGGAAGCUGGCUGUUAACAUGGUGCCCUUCCCUCGCCUGCACUUCUUCAUGCCAGGCUUUGCCCCACUGACAGCCCGGGGGAGCCAGAUGUACAGAGCCCUCACCGUGCCAGAGCUCACGCAGCAGAUGUUCGACGCGCGCAACAUGAUGGCAGCGUGCGACCCUCGCCGCGGGCGCUACCUGACCGUGGCCUGCAUCUUCAGGGGCAGGAUGUCCACCAGGGAGGUGGAUGAGCAGUUGCUGUCUGUGCAGACCAAGAACAGCUCCUACUUCGUGGAGUGGAUCCCCAAUAAUGUCAAGGUGGCUGUGUGUGACAUCCCCCCGCGAGGCCUGAAGAUGGCAGCGACCUUCAUCGGCAACAACACGGCCAUCCAGGAGCUCUUCAUCCGCGUCUCCGAACAGUUCUCAGCCAUGUUCAGAAGGAAAGCUUUUCUCCAUUGGUACACUGGGGAAGGCAUGGAUGAAAUGGAGUUUUCUGAAGCAGAAGGCAACACCAAUGACCUCGUGUCUGAGUACCAGCAGUACCAGGAUGCCACUGCAGAUGUGGAGGAAUUCGAAGAGGUGGAAGUGGAAGCGAGCCCAGAAAAGGAAGCAGCAUAAAAACAAUGUCAAAACACUCUGAAUAAGCCUGUUGACAUUCACUAAAGACAAAGCAGUAGCCAAAAAUUAGACAUUUCUUCAGAACUUUUCUCUGCAUCUGCCAAACAGCUCCAAUUUUACAACACAGUGCUUUUGAAAUUGAUGGCAGCUCUGCUUUACUCUCCUAAACAACUGUUGACACUGAUCGCUCCCAAAAAGGAGAUGAGUUGUCUCAUAACAGCCUGUCUUGUAAAUGUAUUCACUUCUAGUAUAUAAUCACCAGAUACUGAAUGUACUAUACAGCCACUGUGCCUGUGUACAUAUAUAUCAGGAUUAUAAGCAACAGCAAAAUACGCUGUCAACUCAUCACAUUUAUUUAUUCUCAGGUAAACACAGUGUCUGUUUUGAUUGUGAACUUGUAACUGUUUUAGGAACACGUGAAUAUCUGUAAGGUCUGGAAAGGCAGUGUCUGUUUUAUUGUCACUCCACAGACUGAUGUAGAUCUGCAGACAAGUUCAGCAACUUGAGUUGCAGGGGGAGGGCAGAAGAAACAAGAUGGGGCAAAAGACUGAAUAUGUACAUUCUUUUUUUUUUAAAGUUCUUUUAAUAGUUCUUUCACAUUGCUGGCUUAUAUUAUUGCAGAGCUUGUAUUCAUUAUCAUGGUGUGGUUUAUUUCUGUUUUAAACUAUACGUUGAGUUACAUUAGCACACAAAGUUGUGACACUGUGUAAAAGUUUUGGUGUGGUAUUUUUUUAAUCCUGUGUACUAACUACUGUAAAUUUUUCCCUAACAUUCAGAACAACAAAAAGGAUAGAAUGGUUUGUAGCUUGUUAGAUGUAAGUUCCAGGGCAAUCACUAAAUCAAAACCAUAUUUUGACUUCAGGAAAAAAAAUUUCUUGCCACAGCCUUCUACUUAACAUUGUAUUUAGAAUAUUCUUUUAAUAAAAAAUAUAUACCAUUCUGUAA